ACAACAUCGAAGACUAAUUUGUACGUGGGUGCUGCCGACGGCGCGAGUAAAUUGUUUUUAUUGACAAUCAUGUUAAAGGGAAUUCAAGAAAUAAUUGCUCGGAGUAAAGAAUUUUAAAACCGAUUGGCUUUGAACACGAUGGGGCAAGGUACGGAGACCUGUGACAGACCAACAGAAGUCAGUGUUAUCCGGUUUGUCUCAAGAAAUCAAACGAUAGAAAAUAUAGCACCGAAAAAGGAUGUUUACACGUGCAAGCAAAAUGGUUGCGGAAAAGUAUUUACCAAUCGGGAUGAAUAUCGAACUCACGAAGCUCUAGAAGCGUUGAAAAUAAAAUUCAUUUGUCGCGAACCAGGAUGUGGAGAAGAAUUGUCUGACCCUGGAAGUAUGUGGCGUCACUACCAGGAAUGGCACAACAAUGAAACACAUGUCUUUGCUUGUCCUUAUACCAGCUGCAAUUCCCUUCAUACGACCAGCAACAAUUUGGAAGAGCAUAUUGAUUCCUGUCAUAGGCAACUGUCGACAUUACCAAUCGAACCCGAAAUCAUAUGUCUCGAAGGACCGGAAGGUAUGGUAGAUGACGAAAUUUCGAAGAAUGAAGAAGAGGUUUGCAACAACAGUAUGAAGGGUGACGCACAAAAUGUCAAUGGUCAACAAAACAUUGAAUUCACUCUGGAAAAUAUUAGUGUAUCAACAAAUGCUACACAAAAUCGUGAAGAGAGUAUGCCGUUGGAGUGUGAUGAAAAUCUCAAAUAUAAUACAAGUUUCAAUAAAUACAAGUCUCCUGUCAAAAAAUUAGAUUUUCCAAUAAAAUUGGGGGAAUUUUCAUGUAGAACUGAAUCAAGUUUCCAGGAUGACUCGAAGUUUUUCAAAAGUGAAGAACUGUCUAUGGCUGAGGAAAAUUUCUUGACAAAAUACGAUACCUUCACAUCGAAUGCAGAUGAUGUGUCAGAUGCGGGAAAUUCUUUGGAUAAGAAUGUUGUAUUUGUCAGCAAAGAAGUAACAAUUACAAAAAACUCAAAGAGUGAUAUAUCUUCGGUGCAGCCAUAUUCUCAAUGCCACAGAAUAGACUUGGGUAAUUUGGAGAAAGUUUUUCGAAGUGGGUUUGAGUGCGACUCACAAACAAUAGAAGAAAGUAUUACAGAGACAAAUAGUAACUGUUCAGAGGAUGAAGAGUAUAUGCCAAAGAAGCAAAGAAUGUCACGAAAUAAACAGGAAUCUUAUAAAUGUGAAGUAUCUGGCUGCGGAAAGAUGUACAAAUAUAUUUCACAUUAUCGGCACCAUCAAGACAGUCACAAAUUAGCUAUUAAUACCAACAGUAUGAAACCUACCAAGCCACCAAAACCCCGGUCUGGAAGGGCCUCCACCGUUAGCUUUUUCUUAUGCAAAAUGCCCGGAUGUGGUGCUGAAGUGACCAAUGUCACUGCCCUAUGGAAACAUUACCAGGAUAAUCAUGCUAACGCUAAGCCCCCCAUGGUUCCCAGUUCCAAGAGCCUUGAAAUAUUUCGGUGCAAGGUUCUGGGGUGUGAAUUGGAAUUCAAUACGACCUUGGCCCUCUACAAACAUUUCAAUGAGAUUCACGGCAGCAAUUUCAAUCCAAACACUAAGACUGGAAGUGGAAGUAACUUUCAAUUCACUAAUCAAAUGUUCCAUGAUGAGGUUACUCUCCAACAACUAAACUUUAAGACUGACAUUAAGGCCAACAUUAGGAUUAAUUCGAGCGACUACGCUGAAAGUGAUGAGGAUCAACCGCCAGUACAGACUGUUAAAAAAGAAUCUCAUGGCUGAUUCUUCAGAAAUUAGAGAAUACAGUGGAUAGACUUAAUUAUUUCACACCUCAAUAUUAAUUCAAAGUCUGCUGAAUACAGCAACAGACCCAACCCAUAGAAAAUGAAACUUUUUUUCCUCCAAAUACAUCUAAUUUCUAUUCGACAUAUCCCACAAACGCAAAAUAGUAUAAAAAAUUUAACGUAUUUGUCUAUGAAAGGUUACAACAGGAUCAUAUGAUGGUCGACUAUUUUAUCUAAUUUUUCAAUGAUCAAGACAAAUACAUAGAGAUAUCUGUUGGCACUAAAUAAAUGAACUGAUGCUCUAUUGGAGAUUCUAUAAAUGAUAAUAACAAAUACGAUCUACAGGUAUGCAUGUAAAUUAAUUAUUGUAGUAUAUUCGAAAAGCUGGUUAAUGUUCAAAGUAUUAUACCAUGAUGUGUAAAGAUCUUUGGCUAUUGACAAUAGGUUGAGAGUCUUAGGGUCUUGUAGAAUAAGAAAUUUUUAUAGUUUAUUAUUACUUCUUUUCAGUGCAUACCCCAUUCUAUUUGCUUUCUCAUUUUGGCAAAGUUAUGGUGCCAUUCUUACUUCACUUUCGAGCGUGGUAACCAUACUCUUCAAAUUUCAAACUUGCCAAAAUUCCCGCAGGCAACAAACAAAUGUGACUACCAACAUUGACAUUGUUUACGGCUGACCUCUUUACCUCGUAACUUUGCGUAACUAGGAACAAUGGUCAAUGUGGUUCCUGCAAUACGUCCUCAAGGUGACAUCAUUGGCAGAAACCUGCGCCAGUUAAUAUUAGAUAUACUGUAGGCUUGUACCUCGACACUAUCAUGUAGUAUAGUGCAUUUCUUUUACACGGAUGAAUGGUUAAAUAUAAGAUAAAAUAAGAGUUGUACGCCAACUACCUAAUAAGCAUAUUUAUGCAGCUAAUACUUUUGUGAGUAGUGUUUCUUUUGAAUCAACUGUAUCUUCGAUCUUAGUAAAAAAGAAUGCAGCAGUGUCCACUGGAAACGUAUGGAAAAAAAUUUACACAGCCGUAUAGACAUAAUCAGAACCAGAUUGAAAUGCAAUACAUUUGUAUGCGUUUCUAUGCUUUUAUCUACUUUUAACAGAAUAUUUGCGACGGAGUACAGCUUAACUUUCAAAAGUGACUAAAUAUCAGCAAAUUAUCGUAUUUAAAAAUUCUUGUAACCUAUAUUUAAAAAUUUGUAACUCAUUAUCGUGACAAAAGUACUGAUUUUAUCCAAUUUUUAUUGUUACGUUAUUAAAAUGUAACUUCGAUUUACUAUUCAUAUUGUAUGAAAAAUUACUGGUAACUUUAAGAGUAUGUAUUGUAUGACAUUUUUAUCGGUACGCGUGUAUGUUCAAAAAUAAAGGUGCAAUAAUA